UAAAAUAUAGUGAAUAUUGUGUAUACAGAAUAUAAAUACUUAUAAAUAUUAAUUAUAGCACAGGAUAAUACACUGGUGUACAGGCAUUAUCUGCAAUUGAAAAUAACCUUAAAAUGUAAAAAAAUACGUUUGUAAUCCAAACAUGAUGUAAACAGUGAGUAGAGAAAAAAACUUUCCUCUAACUCACAAAGACAGUAACUGUAGUAACCAUCACCUGUGAGGUUUGUUGUUGAUGACAACACUGCUGAGUAAACGUGUGAUGUGUUGUAGUUACUGUUAUAAAGUCUUCACACACAGUUGUUGCUCACUGUGCUGCACAGACCUCAGUAGAAAACACUGACCGUGAACCACUUUUCAAGAACGGAUUGGAAAGUGUUUGUAUUUUUUUGUAUUUGAGACACUAAAGUGAUGCACAUGUUUUCAUUAUCAAUUUUAACCAGUUGAUUCAAAAUGACAUUUAUUGAGCACUUGAAUUAUUCUAGAUCUGUUGUUGGAGCUAAAUGACUCGUAUCUGUCUGUCUUUAAAAAUGCAUAUUUGGCUUUAACUGAAAACUACAGAAAAUGGCAGCCAAUGACUCCUCUGUGUACGCAAACGAUGACUUAAUUAUAGUUCAGUUUUUCAUAUCACUUUUCCUUUGCAUUAACUUUUUGCUGAUCACAGUCUUUUUCAUGAAGGAUUUCUUCUACACAACCAUGCGCUACAUCUUCUUUGCACUGACUCUCAUGUCUGAUUGUGUUUUUUUAAUGCUGAGUGAUGUUCUGCUCAUUUUAACAUACUUUGAAUACUCCAUACCAAUGUUGUUGUGCCUUAUGGUGUAUGUGGUUGCAUCUUUAUACGCUUUUGUCACUCCACUGACUCUGACAGCGAUGACACUGGAGCGCUUUGUGGCCAUUUGCAUGCCACUGCGACACGGAGAGCUGUGCUCCACACGCAGCGCUCUGCGCUGCAUCCUCAUCAUUCAUGCCAUCAGCACUCUGCCCGAUGUGGUUUUUCUCUCCAUCUUCUUUGCGUAUGUGAACCGCAGCUUCUACACCCAGAGUGCUUUGUGCUCUAUGGAUAUCUUCGUUCUCCACAACUGGCAGAGUCAUCUAAGGUCUGCAAUAAGUCAGUUUUACUUCCUGAUCAUGGUUCUCAUUAUCAUGUUCUCAUACUUUAAAAUAAUGAAGGUGGCCAGAGCUGCAUCAGGACAGAACAGGAAGUCGACAUGGAAAGGCCUCAGAACUGUGGUUCUUCAUGGCUUUCAGCUGCUCCUCUGUCUUUUCCAGCUGUGGUGUCCUUUCAUUGAAGCUGCUGUGUUUCACAUUAGCCUGGUGCUCUACGUUAAUGUCAGGUACUUUAACUACAUGGUGUUCGUUCUUUCUCCGAGGUGUUUGAGUCCUCUCAUUUACGGCCUCAGGGAUGAAAAGUUUUUUGUUGCUCUGAGAAGCUUUGUUCUUUGUGGUUUGUAUAAGAAACAAUUGUCAAAUUAACUGUGACUGACGUGUGAAAACUACAGAAAAUAACACGUCUGCCUCUUUUGAGUUACUGCUGUGAAUGAAUAUGUGCUGAACAAAUGAAUUGUCUUGCCUUCAUAGAAACAUCUAAUUAUAAGUCAUAUGGCAAGAACAAGAUAAAUGCUCAAAUAUCUUUAAAUCAAUGAACGUAAUCCUGGCAAAUUUAUGAACAAUAUUGUUUCAUAUUUCAACCUCAGCAGCAGGACCUCUCUCUUUUCAUUGUCUCUGAUCACUUUUUAUUCAUCACAUUGAGACCAACUUCUGAUAUAUAUUCAUAAAGGUUAUGCCUGUUUUGUAAAAAUGCUGUUAUAAUACAGGUUAUGAAUGUACGUGUUUGUAUUAUUAAAUAAACUGACUCCAUUACUCAUUGAA